GCUCCUCCCCCCGCUCUGCUCUGCGCUCACUGCCCCUCAACUUCCACUCUCCAUAAAACAAACUCCAGCGUUAUCCUCAAUCCGUGGUGCAACUUCUGCCAACUUUAAUGGCCCAAAGAUGAUUCAUAAGUAGCAGAGGAUCACAGAGGAGCUCCAGCGGUGCAGCGGAAAUGUCUCCCAAAGUGCCGAGUGGCCAAAGCCGAGGGGAUUAUUCUGCAGUGCAAGUAGCUGUUCGAGUGCGUCCCUUGCUGCCUAAAGAGCUUCUUCACUGCCACGAGAGCUGUAUCACUGUGGACUCGGAGCUGUGUCGAGUUACUCUGGGCCACGACCGAAACUUUCUUUGCGACUACCUAUUUGAAGACACUUGCUGUCAAGAGGAGGUGUAUACAUCGUCUGUCCAGCCACUCAUAGAUGCUUUUCUUCAAGGUUUCAAUGCUACAGUCUUUGCCUAUGGGCAGACAGGCUCAGGAAAGACGUACACCAUUGGAGAAGCUAAUAUUUGUUCCUUUAGAGAUGAGGAGCAGGGUAUCAUCCCCAGGGCUGUUGCAGAUGUCUUCAAGCUGCUCGAUGAAAAUGACCUCACAGACUUCUCGGUCCGAGUGUCCUAUCUGGAGGUUUACAAAGAGGAGUUCAGGGACUUACUGGAGGUGGAGACAGCCAGCAAGGACAUCCACAUCAGGGAAGAUAAAGGCAACAUUGUUUUGUGUGGCGUAAAGGAGUGCGAAGUGGAAGGUCUUGAUGAGGUGUUGAGUUUACUGGAGUCAGGAAAUACAGCCAGGCACACUGGUGCAACCCAGAUGAAUCUAAACUCCAGCCGGUCACACACCAUUUUUACCCUGUAUAUGGACCAGCGCCGGGGAAGCUCUCGCCUUUAUGGGACUGCGCCAAAUUCCGGACCACAAAUGUUGUCUUCCAAGUUCCACUUUGUUGACCUUGCAGGGUCAGAGCGCAUCUUAAAGACGGGUAACACUGGAGAGAGACUGAAAGAGAGCAUCCAAAUUAACAGCGGCCUUCUGGCUCUGGGAAAUGUAAUAGGGGCACUGGGGGACCCUAAGAGGAAAGGCUCUCAUAUACCAUACAGAGAUUCUAAAAUCACAAGGAUACUAAAAGACUCUUUGGGAGGAAAUUCGAAAACACUGAUGAUUGCCUGCAUCAGUCCAUCUUCCUCAGACUUUGAUGAGAGCCUGAAUACACUAAACUAUGCCACAAGGGCCAGAAACAUUCAAAACCGGGCAACGGUCAACUGCAAGCGUGAGCCAGAUCGGGUCGAGGGACUGGAGCAACAAAUCAAGGCGCUUCGCAGAGCCCUCGAAAACCGCCAGCGUUCAGAGACCCGCAUCAUUUCUCACGCUGAUCCAAACAGGAGACCUCGACUUGGAGAGGGAGAGAUCAGCAGACUGCAAGCCCACAGCGCCCACUACAGGACGUGCACAGACACUGCUUACAGGUUGCUGCGGGAGCUGCAGAGUGAAGGGGCUCUGACUGCAGAACAGAGUUUGAGAGUGAAGGAGUGGCUGUGCUCAGUGGAGGAGGAACGCAGUGGACUUACCACUGCCUCUGGACCAGACAGUGGCAUCGAAAACAGCUCCACUGAAGACAGUGUUGCGUUAAGAAAAGGAAGACCUUCGGUGAGGAACCAGGAUCCAGAGGCUGCGGAGGAGAGGUGGAGUAAUGAGCAUGGAGAGAAAGAGGAUAGUAUUGUCCUGCUUCAGGCACAGAUCCAGCGGCUGGAGGGAGAUAACACAGAUUUUUUAGCAGCUCUGGAGGAUGCUAUGGAGCAAUACAAACAGCAGAGUGAUAAGCUGCAGGAGCAACAGGACUUGAUAGUAGAGCUGCAGAGUCUGCUGUCUGCACCAGGGCUCACAGGGCUGGGCCUUAACUUGAGACCGCGGCCUCACACGGCCCCUAUGAGCUCCAUGCAACACAGUCAGAAUGGAGGCACAUACAGACAGUUACAGGUCAGUCCAGUGAGCAGUCUUGGUAAUAUCCCUUAUGGGGAUCAGGAUGAUAGCCUCUAUGAGGAGCAGGAGUUCCAGGAAGCAGCAGAAGUGCAAGACACAGAAGAAGAGGGCAGUGAAAUCAACCUCAGCCAGGAGAGACGCAAACAGGUGAACCUGACCUGGACCAAGGGGGACAUGCUAUCAGGGGAACUAGCAAUUGGUGGUGGAGGACUCAUAUCUCUGCCUGAGUCAGACCAGCGCCUCUAUUUAGCCAGAAAAGCAUCCAACUCCAGUAGUGGGGAGACAUCUGUGCGUGAAAGUCAGAAAAGUUUUGAGGGCGUUUCAGAGUUGGGACUUCUUCAGGCACAGCAGAAGAUCAGGGAGCUGUCUGUCACCAUCCGUAUGAAAGAAGAACUCAUCAAGGAGCUCGUCAAAACGGGUAAGGAUGCCCAGGCCCUGAACAGGCAAUACAGCCAUAAAAUCACCGCUCUGGAGCGUGAAGCUGUGCAGGCUCGACAGGAGCUGCAGGAUGCCCAGCGGCAGCUGCAGGAUCUAGAGAGACAAGAGAAAGAAAUCAGCUCAACGGACAAAACCAGAGCACAGGAAUGUCGCAGGAAGAUAGCUGCUGCUCAGAGCAAAGUUCAGGUUCUCAGUCAGCGUCAGAGGGAUACAGCUCGUCUUGCCAACCUUCCGGCCCAGAGCGAACGUCGCGUGAUAGAGCUGGAGAGAAGUGUUCAGAGCAUGAGGCAGCAGCAAGAGCAGCUGCAAAGGCGGCUGCGCCAGGAAAGUCAGCAGAAACGACGCCUGGAGAGCGAGAUGCAAAGAAGAACUCACAGAGUCAAGGAACUCGAGAUAAAGAAUGAGCAGCAGCAAAAGAUUCUGAAAAUAAAGACAGAAGAGGUCGCUGCCUUCCAGAGGCAGAGACGCAGCGGUAGUAAUGGCUCUGUCAUCUCAUUAGAAGAACAACAGAAGAUUGAGGAACAAAAGCGCUGGCUAGAUGAGGAAAUGGAGCGGGUACUGGACCAGAGGAAAGAACUGGAAGAUCUGGAAGGAGAGCUCACUAAAAGAGAGAAAAUCCUGGCCAAGAAAGAAGCCUUACUACAGGAACGCAGUGAACUGGAGACCAAGAGGCUACGCUCCAGUCAGGCCUUGAGUAAAAACCUGGUGAUGCUUACAGGGCGCAUUGAGUCACUUGAGCAAGAGUUGAGUGAGAGGAAUGGUCUUCUUCGCAGCAGCAGUGCUCAAGACUCUCAGCAGAUUCGCCAAGAGAUCUCCAACCUCCGUCAAGAGAAAGAUUCACUGCUUAUACAAAGAGUGGAGCUGGACGAUAAGCUGCGGCAGGGAAGCCUGCUCUCACCUGAGGAGGAGCGAACACUUUUCCAGUUGGAUGAGGCCAUCGAGGCUCUGGAUGCAGCUAUUGAGUACAAGAAUGAGGCCAUCACUCAGAGACAGAGACAGCUGAGGGCUUCUGCCAGUGUGCUCUCCCAAUGGGAGAUGAAUCUUAUGGCCAAACUCAGUUACCUGUCUGCCUCUGAGACCAGAGCUCUGCUGUGCAAGUACUUCGACAAGGUGGUGACUCUGCGUGAGGAGGAGCGUAAGCUACAGCUUGCGCUGGCUGAGUUGGAAAUGCAACUGGAUGAGCAGCAAAAGCUGGUGCAGUGGUUGGAGAACGCCCUCGAUCGCACACAACUCGACACAGAUCGCCGGCUCACACAACAGCAGAAGGAACAUGAGAAGAGCGUGCAGCUCCUACUGCAGCAGUGUCGAGAGCAAAUCGACGAGGGCUUUGCAGGAAGACAGCGGCAGUAUGAAGGAUGGAUCCGUAACCUCAGCAUGGAGCUGACCCACUACAAGACGGCAAAUCUGGAACUAAGCAACAAACUGAGGGAACUAUGUGGUUCAGGCAGCCAGCCAAAAGAUCUUGCAUCUGAUGGUAAAGCAGCAGGUGUUAGCAGCAUGGAGAAGCUGACCCGCUGGCCUGAGGACAGUCCAGGAGGAAGGGGGACGGCCCAGUCCGACAAACCUUCCAGGUCCCGGGAAGAGAUGCGUGAGCUGGUGAACACGCCUCUCCCGUCCACGUGGAGACGCUCCUCUCUCCCUACGGAGGAACCUGCUGUCAUGGAGGAGUUAUGGCUUCCAGCAGCUGGGGAUGUUCCUUCUAACCGUGUCGUUCAAACUGGAAUGGGGUCCUGGGGUGGGCCGGCAUCCCUGCCUGCGGUGAAGUCUCGCAGAGAAUCACGUCGCUCCAGCCUCAGCAUCGGACCACUGACUUCAAACAAUGCAUUAAUUGAUGUGCGGAAGAAUCCUGUCUGAAAAUACAUGUAUUGUGCUAGACCAUUCUCAUAGAUGUUUAUUUGGUUUCUGAAAUAUUUUCACACAAGCCCUCUUUAGUUUUUGUAUUUCCUUUUUUCCUUUUGUAUAAAAACAAAUUAAUACACAAGGACACCCGCUGAUUUUUAUAUGAAGUACUUUCAGUAAGGUAAAGUCUAUGUUCCCAUGUCAUACAGUAAUUGGUAGGUUUAUGGUCUGCCAGCAAUGAAAGUCAACGAGGUGAAAAGUGUGCAUCUUACAAAAUGAUGCUCUCUAAUCAUGUAGCCUUUUUACCCUACAGUAUUUUAUAUUAAAAUUAUGUUGCCACUCACACUCAUCUGGUGUUUUUUAUUUUUUUUAUUUUCAUGAUUAGUAGUUAUUCAUUUAUUUCACAACUUGAGAAACAAGAAUCGGGAAAUUAUUUCAGACAUUUGUUUUGUAUUCCUUUUUCAAAUCGGUGGUCAGUUUGAAUGUUAUUACAGCUGAUGAGGCUUGAAAGCUGCUGCAAGAUGUUGUGUUGGUUUAAUUGGUCACAUCUGUAUCACAACCUCUUGUACAUUAUUUAUUCUUUCUAACACUGCAUGCCAUUCUUGUUCCCAUCUAAUCAACUGUUUGGGUUUGGGGUCAAAAUCUAAAGCUGUAUCACCCAGUUUAUAUACUACAGCUGUUC